UACUCCCCGCGGGGAGGGGAAGGUCUCAAGGCAGCAGUAAGAGUCUGUUCGAUCUCAGAACCCCCUUUUGGUGCCUUGCUCUACGUGAGGCCACAGGCAGCACUCGCUCUGGCUGGAGGAGUCAGGCACCUGAGGGUACCCACCUGGCACUUAGGGGUCUUGCUAUAGCCAGACGCGAAACACAGGACUUGGCAUGCAAUAGUUGCCCUAUAAAUAGUGGCACCUUUGUGGUUCCGAGGGUGCGGCGAACUGUCCAGGUUUGGUGGGGAAAGUGGAGUAGGACCUGGCGCCUGGAUGGCGGGUCCCAGGAGCCAGCGAAGUUGAUGUGCGCACGCUCCUCCUUCCGGGAGAGAUCCCACCCCUGGGGCCCUGGCCUCGCCCCCUGCGCCCUUUCCGGCCCCGCCUCUGGCGCGCGCGGCCAGCUGAGCCCCGGGAGCGGCGGUGAUCGCGGCUGCAACAGCAUGACUUUGGAGGCGAUCCGCUAUUCGCGGGGCUCACUACAGAUCCUCGACCAGCUGCUGCUGCCCCAGCAGAGCCACUAUGAGGCGGUGGGCUCGGUGCGCCAGGCCUGGGAGGCCAUCCGCGCUAUGAAGGUGCGCGGCGCCCCAGCCAUUGCGCUCGUGGGCUGCCUCAGCCUCGCCGUGGAGCUGCAGGCGGGCGCCGGGGGACCCGGACUUGCCGCGCUCGUGGCCUUCGUGCGCGACGCGCUGAGCUUCCUUGUCACCGCCCGGCCCACCGCCGUCAACAUGGCCCGCGCCGCCCGAGACCUGGCCGACCUCGCAGCCCAGGAAGCGGAGCGGGAGGGCGCCACGGAGGAGGCAGUCCGAGAGAGAUACUCUCCAUGUUCCUUAACCCCCACCAGGGUCCCUUCUGCCUCAGGGCCUUUGCACACACCAUUUCUGCAAACCAGAGUGAUCCGCUGGACCGAGGACAUGCUGGCAAAAGACCUCCGGGACAACCGGAGCAUCGGGGACCUGGGAGCCCACCACCUCCUAGAGCGGGCAGCACCCCAAGGCGGCAAGGUGAUCGUGCUGACCCACUGCAACACUGGUGCACUGGCCACUGCUGGCUAUGGCACAGCCCUAGGUGUGAUCCGCUCGCUGCACAGCCUGGGCCGUCUGGAGUGUGCCUUCUGCACGGAGACCCGGCCCUACAACCAGGGAGCCCGGCUGACGGCCUUUGAGUUCGUCUACGAGCAGAUCCCCGCCACCCUCAUCGCCGACAGCAUGGCGGCAGCUGCCAUGGCCCACUAUGGAGUGUCAGCUGUCGUCGUGGGAGCCGACCGCGUGGUUGCCAAUGGCGACACGGCCAACAAGGUGGGCACCUACCAGCUAGCCAUCGCCGCCAAGCACCACGGCAUCCCCUUCUAUGUGGCUGCCCCCAGCUCCUCGUGUGACCUCCACCUGAAGACGGGCCAGGAGAUCAUCAUUGAGGAGCGUCCUGGCCAGGAGCUGACCCAUGUCAACGGGGUCAGGAUUGCGGCACCCGGAAUUGGGGUUUGGAAUCCUGCCUUUGAUGUCACGCCCCACGACCUCAUCACUGGCGGCAUCAUCACAGAGCUGGGUGUCUUUGCCCCUGCGGAGCUCCGGGCAGCCCUAGGUGCCACGGUCACCCUAGAUGGACCCCAGAAGUAACCAACCUAGCUGUCCAUAUCCUGCCCCCAUUAUUUUUAUAAUAAACUUAUUGAAUGGCUUGCCCAAAAGCUAACCUUUUUCCCCCAACCACAAUUCUUCCCAGAACAGAAAAAGCAGACAGGGCCUUUGCAUGGCUCUUAAGAUCCCAGCAGCUGAAGUCAAGCUGCCUGAGAUCAUAUCCCAGUUCCACCGCCUUUUCUUUUUCUUCUUUUUUUAAAAAUUUAUUUAUUUAUUUUUGGCUGUGUUGGGUCUUUGUUGCUGCGUACGGGCUUUCUCUAGUUGUGGUGAGCGGGGGCUACUCUUCGUUGCAGUGCGCGGUCUUCUCGCUGCAGUGGCUUCUCUUGUUGCAGAGCACAGGCUCUAGGUGCUCGGGCUUCAGUAGUUGUGGCACGCGGGCUCAGUAGUUGUGGCUCGUGGGCUCUAGUGCGCAGGCUCAGUAGUUGUGGUGCACGGGCUUAGUUGCUCUGCGGCAUGUGGGAUCUUCCCAGACCAGGGCUCGAACCCGUGUCCCCUGCACUGGCAGGCAGAUUAUUAACCACUGCGCCACCAUGGAAGUCCUCCACCGCUUUUUCUGUUGUAUGAUCUUGGCCAAAUCACUUCACCUCUCCAUGCUUUGUUUUCUUCAUUUACAAAAUGGAGACAAUACUAGUACCUCCCUUUUUGGUUGAUCUCAGGGCUGGAAUUAGGGUGACACCUCAGGUACAAAAUUUUAGCGGAGGCCCUGAGAAGCUCAGUAGUCAAGAUAAAGAAUAGCUUCAUGCAUUAUUUUUGAAAAAUCAAAAUUAAUGAAAAAACAAUCCAUGGUGAACAAUAUAUAAAGAUAUUAAAUAGAAUGAAACCCUGACCUUGCAUAUCCUGACCCUACUCCCUUCACUCCUGAUACCAGCCCUCGUUCCAACAAAACUUUAUUUACAACAUCAAGCAGCCAGUUCACAGGCUGUAGUUGGACGAUUUGAUUUUCUUUGUAUUAAAAUAUUAUUUUUGAAUGUUGAAUAUAUUUUUAUCUUGAUAACUGAAGUUCGGGGCACCCCUUAAAUUUUGCACCAGAGUGCCUCACUUGC